AUGAGGAUUUUGACUGAAACCCUACUUACAAAAAGGAGAAUAUUGAUAGAAGAGUUAGUGAAAGGUAAAGAACUUGCAGCCCAGCUUCAAACCCUACUUAAUAAGCCACUGAGAAAUAAUGGGUCUGUCUCUUCUGAGGAAUUGGCUUCGAAAAUCUUGAGAUCUUUCACUGAGACCCUUUCUGUGUUAAGUUCAAAUGAAACAUCCCAGAUCAACUGUGGCGACGGCGAGGGCAGGGCUAGUGGCGCCUCAGCCUAUUCCGGGGAUAGUCACCAGAAGAAGCCGGCAAGGUUGAAGGAUCGAAGGGGUUGUUACAAGAGAAGAAGGACCUCAGAUUCGACGAAAACAGUUUCUCCUACAAUUGAUGAUGGUUAUGCAUGGAGGAAAUAUGGACAGAAAAAUAUUCUAAAUUCAGAAUAUCCAAGAUGCUAUUAUAGAUGCACUCACAAGUAUGAAGGCUGCAAGGCAACAAAACAAGUGGAAAGAAUCAAGGAAGAUCCCAUUUUGUAUCAAACUACAUACUUUGAGCAUCAUACAUGCACUAAUGAAGUGAGGGCUCCACAUAUCAUUGUAGAUUCAGCUCCUGUGGAAUCCCUUAAUUUUGUCAGUUUUGAAUCAAAAAUCACAUUGAAUCAGGACCAUCCAUCCUACUCCAUGAUCAAGACUUCUUCAGCCAAAGAAGAACCUAAACAAGACACACAAAGUGACAUGUCUGAUGUGAAAUCAUCACUUGAGGAUUCUAAUUUGUGGCAGAAAAUAGUACCAGUGGAGCAAAAAUCGUCUGAAUAUGUGUCCCUAUGGGAUCCGAAAACAAGAUCUUAUGAUCAUGAUCUUGAUCAAGAAGUGGCUUCUAGUUUCUAUUCAUGCACAUCAAAUAGUAUGCAUAAGCUAGAUAUGGAAGGUAUAUAUCAGUUUGCCGAUAUAGAAAACAUUCAUUUUGACUAG